CCUGGCGACAGCUAGCAGCUUUGUUGAUGUUAGCAUGCUUGCUAAUAACAGACACGAGCCAUUCGACUGGCAUUACAUUAGUGCAUAUAGCUAGGUUUUUGACAUGUUUACCAACUUUAAGGUUAAACAUUGCGCAAGUGAAAUUAUCAAACAGAUAGGAAGAUCGAUGUUAAGCUAGGUAGGUGGCUGGCAUCGACUACGUUAGCUAGUUGGUCCGUGAAUCAUGAUGAGUACUGACUGAGACAACUCGUCGCCCUAAUGACCAAACCAAAAUGGCUGCCCUCAGAGAUUAACGUUCGUUGACAGUCAGCUGCAUUCGGGUUGAUUACAGUUCGAUCCAUCUGCAUUUCAACGAUCCUCAAAUAAGAAACGACUAGUUAAAUGAAUAGCAGACGCACAAGAGUCAACGUUAUUUAGAUUGCCGAUAGACUGCACCUGGAGGUCGCCAUGAUCAAGUUCCUCUUGAUGGUGAACAAACAGGGACAGACCCGCCUGUCUAAGUACUAUGAGAAGGUAGACAUUGGGAAGAGACCUGCUCUGGAGGCUGAUGUUGUCAAGGGAUGCCUUUCGCGCAAAAAAGAGCAGUGCUCUUUUGUAGAAUACAAGGACUUCAAGCUAGUGUAUCGACAGUAUGCUGCUCUUUUCAUAGUUGUUGGUAUCAGUGAUACAGAGAAUGAGCUGUCAAUUUAUGAGCUGGUACACAACUUUGUUGAGGUUCUUGACAAGUACUUUGGUCAUGUGAGUGAAUUGGAUAUCAUGUUCAACCUGGAUAAAGUGCACAUCAUCCUUGAUGAGAUGAUUCAGAACGGACACAUAGUGGAGACAAACAGGAACCGCAUUCUGGCCCCUCUGCUAGCUCUGGACAAGAUGGCUGAGGCACACUGAGCUCAACGCUAUUUGCCUUUGAAAAAUGGGACACAUUGCCAUUCAAAUUAUUAAGACUUCAUACUGAAGUUUUUCAAAAGGUUUACAUAUUGUUCAAUGUGAAGUAUUACAAAACCCCAGGCCUGUAUUUGCUUCUUUAAUGUGCAUUAAAUGUUAAUCUGACUUUUUUUACCGAAAUAAACAAGACAUGACAAGACGUUU